AUGAAGUGUAUGCAAACACGCACGGAGCGUCCAGGGAAGUACCGCGUUCCGUACCUCACGGAGGCCCGGCGCGGACUGAGGGCAAUAUGCGGCCGCAUAGAGAACCACCUGUCUUCUUUACCACCCCCCUACCGGCUGCAGAGGCCGAUGCUGGCGCGUGCGGCCAGCACCGAGGCCCGAACCCCGGCCCGCGCGCCCAGCUUCAGCGUCUGCUGGAGCUGCACCAAUCCGGUGCCGGAGGUGGUGAACGCGACCACCGGCAAGCUGGAGAACGGGCAGCCGUCCCUGCUGUGCAAGCAGAGCAUGUUCGCCAGGUGGCAGUACCUGGUCACCAAGCUGCCGCUGCUGCCACAGGAGACGGAGCCGGGCGUGGUCAGGAACGUCGUGCCCUCGGACAUGGCGAACCUACCCUACAACGAGGCGAAACAACUCUGCUCCACUUACCAGACCGCGAAGGAAUGCCUGAUGGAGGCGUUCGCGAAGGCCGGCCUCGGCCGCUGGAUAAAGAAGCCCAUCGAGCAGGACCACUUUGUGAGCGACAUCAGCGCCGCGGAAGCGGGCGCGGUGUCCGCGCUGUUCGCC